GCUAAAUAGGGCACAGAGAGGAUCUGAUCGCGCUGCUCGGAAAUGUGCGAGCACAAUCUGCUAAAUUCAGGCUAUGUCGGCUCCCUGUUAAAUUUUACCAGCCCGGAGCCCUUCUACUUCGCCAACCUGCGUCCGAAUGGGACUCAACUGGCAACUCUGUCGCCAGCACUCUCCUAUACCCGCCGGGAGGUGUGCUCGCUCCCGUGGACUUCGAGUCCAUGCGCAUCGCCGCCGCAGAGCCGCGCCUUUAGCGGCUACUCUCAGUCCUACCUCAGCAACUCAGUCUCCAUCAGCAUCAAUAAGCAUGGAUCAGAGAAGGCAGCAGCCGGCGAAGAGCCAAACAAAUACUACUUCCAAGACAGCAGCCGCAAACUGGAAGAGAGAUGUAGACACAAUCAGUCUUAUCCAAGUGAUUCCAGCAUCCCCUCUUCAGUCAACAUUAAUGCUGCCAAGUACGAGUACCCAAACGUGGAAACAUCUCUACAUGGCUCGUCAUUACAUAACCAAGGCUUUGAAUUGAAUUCCAACUCUCCCACUGUAAAUGAUGGCAUCAAGCAAAGUGUGAGCCUCAGUAUGUCAUUACAGUCACCAGUAACGCCAGUAUGCAACAGAUCCUCCGAUGGGCUGCCCUGGUGUCCAACCCAAGUGAGGUCAAGGCGAAAACGCAAGCCGUACACAAAACAGCAAAUAGCUGAACUUGAAAAUGAAUUUCUGGCGAACGAGUUCAUCAAUCGACAGAAGAGGAAGGAAUUGUCCGAUAGACUGAAUCUGAGCGACCAACAAGUAAAAAUCUGGUUUCAAAACCGGCGUAUGAAAAAGAAAAGGCUUGUUAUGCGCGAACAAACACUCUCACUCUUUUAGGCCAAAGUAAAGUUCAUAUGUGAGUUUCAAGGUCGCGAAUUGAACUUUUAAUGCUAACUAAGCUUGCUUACAGAAAGCAUGUAGAUCAAGAAUAUCCAUUGUUUUAAUGGAUAGGUGCUCCUUUGACGUGCUGUCAUAUAAAACAGCAAUUUUACAUUACAUUGCCACUGCCACUAGUCCAGGGCGUGUUGGUUUAGUUAAACAUCAGCGACAUACAGGGACUGAGAUGCAAACUGUGGAUACCUCGUGAACAUUUGCCAUAACAGGAAAUUAUCGUAAGGCACAAAUUUGACUUGUUGUGGUCUGUACUUUGCUGUUCAUGGAUAACGUGCCGGCCUCUUCUCAUCGUCAUUUCUUAGUUUCAAAGACAUUUGUCAUUGUUUUGAUUCCUCCAUUUGUUUAAAUUUUCACAUGACUCCGUUCGAGUAAAAAGCAGAUAUUCUGCAUUUGAGAAUGUAAGUACAACAGAUCAUUAGAAUGGAACGUUGGAAUAUAAAUCUUAAAUAUAUAACUAUUAUGCAUGCACUCUACCUAUGUACAUUUAGUUCUAAUAAAAUGAACGACGAAGCAUUUUUUUCAUUUGUAUAUACAGUUCAUGUUUUGUAAUCUUGCUGUGAAGCUGGAGCUGGACAGUGGAUUAACUCAUAUCUGAUAAAUACUCAUACCAGUCAGGAGUGUCACAUUUGAUUUUCGAAAACUGCAUUUCCACACUGAGCGAUAGCAGUAUGCGAUGACUUUAAUUAGACGAAUGGAAAUGUGUUGGUAUUAUUGAUAUGUUGUGACUGACCAGUGUCUUGACGCCGAAUUGUUUUCAAAGUUCCAGCGACUUCAGUUUCAUAAUCCCGAAGUUGUUCUGCUGAAAUUGCACAUGAAACCUGUCCAUAAUAUUACAUAAAUGAUCAACUGUGCCAGAAGUGACAAAUAAACACGGGUGCGAAAACUGUUAUGAAAUUGUACUUUUCUUGAGUUCUUUAAAGGAUCGUAUUGAACAAAAUAAAAUUAAAGAAACACAGCUUA